UAAAAGAAAAAGAAAAGGAGUCUACAGAAGCAAUUGACUUUGAAGUCAUUGGCCUCGCCUAAAAUAAAUAAAACAAAAAAAAAUCGAAAGGGCAUAGAAGAAGAAGAAGAAGAAGAGGAAAAGCUAAGAUUUAGAACAACAUGUAGUUCCUAGGAUGUAUCAGAAGGUGAAUUCUUUUUGUUUUGUGCUGUACACACUAUUUGUGUAGGGCGGCUAAAUGGCGAGGUCAAAUCAUGGAAAAACAUAUUUACAGUUCCAUCGAGAAGUUAGUAAUGCUAUUUUGGAAAAAGAAAAACAGUUUACAUCAGACAAUGUAGAUAAAGCAUUAUGUGCUACAGGACACAAGGAUAAAGAAACAACUUUAAAAUGGUUGCUUGCACACAGUGGAGAUCCAACAUUGAGUCAAAGGUUCCAAAGGGAAUACAUCAUAUUUUUGUGUCCCACUGGACCUCUCCUCUCAGAGGUGUCAAAAUUCUAUGAGGAUUCUUUUGCCAAAUGUGGUGGAAACUCAGCUCAUAAUCUUUUCCCUCACAUAACUAUAUCUUCAUUUUUUAAAGCGUCUGAUUCUACUCUUCCUCAAUUACUGGAUAUAAUAAAACAAACCGUACAAACGGCAUUGGCCAGUCAGUCUGUAAGACUGAAUUUAAUUUUACAGCGUUCUGAGGGCUAUAUUGGUUUGUUUUUAAAUGAAUGUGCAACGUCCUGGAUAGCUGAUAUACUUUCUGCUGUUGUGGAAGAAGCAUUAUCAAAAUUAGGUGUUCAUAUCAAAGUUCAAGAAAGGCAAUUCCAUUUAACGCUCGCAUACAACUUCGAUCUUGCUAAAACUGCCGAGCUUGAAAGCCUUGCUGCAAAAUUAAAUCUUGGUGCUCCUGUUAGAUGGGAACUGAAUGUGUAUUCCAGAGACCCAAGGUUUAAUGGUAAACAGUUUCAAAUUGUGUUACACGACUACAAAGUUUCAAAAUCAGACGAACUGGACCUAAGGCAAAACUGUCACGUGGUCAUGGAUAUCAACCAAUCAAAACAUAAAGGAUGGAGAAAAGGAACUGAUUUUGAGACUGGUCGAGUUGGUUUCUUUCCAGAGAGUUUUACAAAGAAAACAGCUGAGUGGAGGUUGUGGACGAAAAAUCUGUCGUUACCCAUCUCUCAAACAACAAAUGAACGUGUACCAGCACAAGCCUUGGAAGACAGAACUAACCGCAGAGUACCACGUCGCUCACAAUCAAUGAACUUUAAAAAAGAAAAGAAAGAUAAUCCACUAAGAAGCAGCCUACGUAGCAACUCGCGACCUCAUCUUCAGUCAGGACAAGACAAAUUUGGGAAGAAGAAUGCCGAAACCUGGGAACCAGUUAUUCGCGCCUCGACAGCCAUUAAUCCUUCCGUGUCUAAUCAUUUAAGACAUCGCUCUGUUGACAUUGAACAGCAACGGCCACCAAGCGGCGCCAGUUUUAGAAGAGACGACGGCCCAGCCGAUGCGCGGUCGCGCAAUGAGACGGAGAGGAGGAGUUUGAGAAAAAUGGACAGAGAAAACAAGACACAGCCACUCACAGCAAGUCAACUGAAAAGCGAUCUUCCUGCCACGCGACGUAUUUUCUUCAUGCGUCACGCCGAACGAGUUGACUUGACGUUUGGACACGACUGGUUCCACUUGUAUAUCGACGAUAAAGGUUACCAUCGACGCAAUUUAAAUUUACCGAGACGUAUACCGACACGACGUGGAGGACCAAAGGAUUUUUUUCUGGACGGCCCCAUCAGUGAAAUUGGAACGUUUCAGGCGAGGUUAAUAGGAGAGGCACUUCGCGCGAAAGGAAUCACUUUCACUGAAGUUUAUUCGUCACCGUCCCUGCGGUGUAUACAGACUGCUACUUCUGUUUUAGAAGGUUUAAUGGACACACAGACUAGAAUUAAAUUGGAGCCAGCUCUCUUUGAGUGGAUGGCAUGGUGCAGGAACACACUUCCUAAGUUUAUGACAGCUGAUGAACUUGCGGAUUAUGGUUUAAGUAUCGAUCGGAACUAUAUAUGUCAUUUUCCUUUUGUGCAGUUUAAUUUACAUGAGAAAACAGACGAAUAUUAUUACCGCUCUCACAGUUUCGUUGAAGCGGUUUCAAAGAGAUCAAGUGGAAACGUGUUAAUGGUUGGCCAUUCAGCGACUUUAGAUGUAUGUACCAGACAGUUAACGGGUAAUCCGAUUCGGAAAACGGACGAUUUGGUGAGAGUUGUACAAAAAGUUCCGUUUUGCGGUUUAUGCUCAGUAGAGGAAGUAGGAUCCAAAAAAUGGUCUUUAGUCCAGCCGCCUAUUCCUUCCUUAGCACAUGGACAAAACCAAGCAUUUGAUUGGAGAGUUUUAGAAUCCACUGCACCGCCCGGUCCGCCUUACGGUAGGUAGGACGUGUUGCGCCAAGCGUAUAAAUAUAUUUAUUGUUAACAGUUUUUAUGCUUAAUUGAUUACACUUAGCUAUGAAUUAUAGGUUUAUAAGAAUUCAAAUUAGAAUCCUUUUAAUCCACAGAAUAGAUCAGAAUCACUUGUGCCCAUGCAUAAAAACUUCUCCUCCGAGCUGAACAAAGUUCAUUUUAUUUUUAAAAUUUAAUAAACUGAUCUUUCAGUGUUCGUACACUUCACAGAGAAUUUAUUUUGAAAAUUUAGUUCGAACAUAAUUCCCUUAAAUUACCUCGAGUUGUAAUGUUCUUAAUUCUCAUCGAAUGUUUUCUUGAUGAUCAUUGCACGAACCGUGUUGUUUAUUUAUUUAUUUAUUUCACUUUUUAUCGUAUUUUUACAGUAUAGUAGUAAGCAUCAGCACUUUUACCAUUUUUUACAAUGAUCGUUUUUUACCUGCAUUCUGUUUAGUUUAUAUGACCACGGCUUAUUUUUUAUUUGCUAUAUGACAACGGCGGAACAUUUUUGCUCCGGCUUAACUCACUUAAUUUAAUAUUUAUAUGUAAAAAAAUAAGAAUAAAUUGUAGCCACCCUAUCUGUGUUUAGGUAAUUAUGUAUGUGUAUUAUAUUUUUUUUACAUUGAUCCUUGGUAACUUUUUUUCUGUCAACGUGAAAAUAGUUUUCUUAGUGGAAAAAUUUCACCAAAUCCGUGAAAAUAAACUGUGAAAUCGCAAAAUAAUCCUCAAAUUUUAAAACCAGGCAGUAAUUGGUAGCUAUAAAAAGGUUACCAUAUAAAAUGGAAAUACUCUAAAACUGCCUUUUUUAAAAAAAGUCGGGAAGAAAUUCGAAAUGAAUUUGGAAUUUGUUUUUGCACUCGAAAUUUUUUAUUGAAAGUAAUCACAUUAGAGUAUUUAGUUUGUAGCUU